GCUUCAGCCACGACAUUGCUACAGUCUUCUAUCCAGAGCUGGCCUCCCUCAUAUAAUACCCAUAUACUACUCUACUUAACAUAUUAAUAGGUUGUCUAUCUGAACACCAUGACUCUCCAUUCUAGCGCAAAUACGGCCGUUUCUGAGAAGGAGAAUAGACUGAAUAAUACCACUGAAUACCGCCGUCCACGUGAAGAACCACUGUCCGAUUUGCUCAAUGUUGCCCGUCAACAAAACUGCGCUAUUGUGGGCGUACCCAAGGAUCUUUCAGAAACGGAUAAUCUUUUGUUCGCACUGUUGCCCUCCAUGACCCCCGAGCCUGGCUUUGUACCCUACACAUUCCAGAGCGGCGUUGGGCAUUCGAACUGGAGAGACGAAUGGUCCGAAGACUCCUCGGACGACUUCUCGCAAUCGGACGACUCUUGUGACAUUCUGGGAAAUACGGUAUAUUCAGGGUCCUUUGUCCCAUACGAAGUCUCCGUUCCCAUUUCCGCGGCUAUACUCAACGACCCUCUUCGGAUGAUUCGUUGUCCGUCUUUCUACUUCGACCCCUACUUUCCGGAUGACGGCUCUAAGGGCCUUGAUACUCAAACUAAGGAACCUCUCAAUAUGGACCCUGAUGCACCCGAUGAACCAUAUAUCGUCAAGUUGCCAUAUCAGUUUAGCAGCAUCCUGGUGAACCCGAUUCUUAAAGAACCUACCGAAGUUGUCAUGGAACCUUUGACUGAACCUGCAGGCGAAUUAUCAAGUGAGCCGGAAGCUAAGCUCGCCGCCCUACCUCCAGACAUGUACACUCGCAAGCGCCUGGAACCUUCUUCGGAUGACUUUGAUCUCGCAGACACUCCUCUUUUAGUUCUGCCUCCAAGACUCGAGUCUGAUUAUAGCUCUUUUCCUGAAACGGCCAUAGGGACUAUUAGCACGAGCACCACGACAAGCACAGGCACCACCACCGGCAGCGAGAGCGAAAGUUCUAGUGGCGAUGAAAACUCAAGCAACAUUCCUAACGAACAAGAAGAAGGCGGAAGCUCCAACAGCAGCGUAUCCUGCAGCGAUAGUGAUAGCGAGGGCGAUGAUGACGAUAGCACCGUCAACACUCCCUGUCUCCCUGCAAACCCCGGGCCCAUCCCUGCUGGCUCUGCUCCUACAACCGGUCUUUCCAACCUGCCCGAUCAACAACACUCGACGCCUUUCCAACAGAACUUUCGACUUUCAGGUCCUUACUUUGGCACCUUGCGCGCUCCUGCCUCUACUUUGUUUAACAUGCAACGACGAGAUUGGCCGAUGUUAAACAACGCUUGCAGUCCCGGCGUAACCUUGCGGAUCCUGCCUCGCUUCGGAUUGGCUACGUAUGGUGGGGCUGGACCCGACCUGAACGUUUGACACGAACUCGUCAUUUCCCAAAUGGUCUCGAAUACUUUGUAUCUUGGAUGAACCCUAUUAUAAUCCCCGGACUCUAGAUUCUAUCAUCUUUCUGCAUUUUUUAUAGUCCCACUUGUACCUUUAUUCCUGUACACUCCUACGAAGUCAAUGUCAAACAGAAGUUUUACAG